CAGGUCUGGGCUCACCGAGUUGGUACAUUUCAGAAAGAAGAUAUUUUAGUUUUUCAGGAGGAUGACGACAGUAUCUUUGUAGAUGUAGGGGCAACAAAGGAUCAUCGCUUUAUUACCAUCAAUGGAAACUCUUUAGCAUCCUCCGAAGUCAGGAUUAUUGAUGCUGGACAUGAUUUCUCGACUGGAGCUUUGCCAGAGAUGACGGUCAUUGCAGACAGAAUAGACGGUGUUGAGUAUUAUGUGGAUCAUCACGACGAUCACUAUUAUAUUCUAUCAAACGACAACCCAAACAAAAACUUCAGAGUGAUGCGCGCCAACCAGAACAACCCUGGUCGUGAGUCUUGGGUCGAGUUGAUGGAAGCAAAGGAUGGCGAAAAGAUUGAAGACGUCGAUAUAUUCAAGAACUUCAUGGUGAUUUAUGCUAAGCGUGAUGCAUUGCCUGUGAUUUCUUGUUAUCAUUUUGAGACUGGCACCAUUCAUGAAGUGCCAUUGCCGGAACAGUUCUGCACAAUCAACGCUGGCGUGAACCUUGAAUAUGAGACAGAUUCGUUUCAAUUUGUACUAAAUUCUCCCUAUGCACACGAAGCGACUUAUGAAUACGACAUAGCUUCAAGAGUCAUGACUCCCCUGCGUAUACCUGUAACAUUACUUCAUCGGAAGAAUAUGCAGCUGACCGGCAAAAACCCGACUUUGAUGCGUGCUUAUGGCGCCUAUGGGGUCCCGACAGACAUUGAUUUCAGAGUAGAACAUUUCCCACUUUUGGAGCGUGGCUGGAUCAUAGCGCUGGCGCAUGUUCGCAAAUUGGAACAAAAAAGAAACACAUUUACGGAUUUUAUUAAUGUGGCGGAAUAUCUUGUAAAAACCGGAUAUACCAAUCCAAGGCGACUUACGGCAGUCGGAGUCAGCGCAGGAGGACUUUUGAUGGGUGCUGUAUGUAAUAUGAGGCCAGAUCUUUUUCGAGCCAUGAUACUGAAUGUACCUUUCCUUGAUCCCAUGACCACAAUGCUUGACCCAGAGAUCCCAUUGACCCGGGUCGAAUACUUGGAGUGGGGCAAUCCUGCACAAUCCGAAAAGAUGUAUGACUACAUGGCCAGCUAUGCACCUUAUGACACUAUCCCAAAUUAUAAUGACUAUAAUAGUCGCGAACAGGAUAAGGACAAGGAUAUCAAUCCACCUGCUCUCAUGAUCUCUUGUGGAGAACGUGAUCAGCGGGUAGAUUAUACACAAUCAACAAAAUUUGUCGCACGUUUGCGAUCAAGGCUCGCUCCUUGGUAUGGUGCGAAUGGGAAAGAGGCAUGUGUACUCAUGAUUGAUGAAAAUAGAGGCCAUUUCGGGAACGGUACCCAAGAUGACCGCGUUAAAAACUGGGCAAGGGAGAUCGUGUUUCUGCUAAGUAGCGUUCAAAUGGAAUCAGGAGGCUUUGUAGCCCCAAGUCCCAAUAGCACACCAUUUACCAGCUAA